CAAAAUUUGUUUUAAAAAAAAAGUUUCGAUUUUCCAAAAAUAUCCCUAUAAGCUUUGUUUUUUGGUUUUCCUUCGUAUAUAACUAGCUACCAUCUGGAAUUUAAUCGGUACCCUUUCAAGUUCUCUGUACAACCUCUUUUGUUUAUUGAUCAUCGUCUCCAGAAACAACGCAGAGGGUUUCUCUCGCGAGCGAAGUCAGUUUCCAUUUGAAAUUUUCCCGGGAAAAUGAGAGAAAUCCUCCAUAUACAGGGUGGCCAAUGCGGCAACCAAAUCGGAGCCAAGUUCUGGGAGGUGAUCUGCAACGAGCACGGGAUUGAUCCGACGGGAAGGUACGACGGCGACUCCGAUCUGCAGCUCGAGCGAAUCAAUGUCUACUACAACGAGGCAAGCGGUGGAAGGUACGUACCUCGUGCCGUCCUGAUGGAUCUGGAGCCUGGAACCAUGGAUUCCAUCAGAUCCGGCCCCUUCGGACAGAUUUUCCGGCCAGAUAACUUCGUCUUCGGCCAAUCCGGCGCCGGGAACAACUGGGCUAAGGGCCAUUACACUGAGGGAGCCGAAUUGAUCGACUCAGUGCUCGACGUUGUUAGAAAGGAAGCUGAGAAUUGCGACUGCUUGCAGGGGUUCCAAGUUUGCCACUCAUUGGGUGGAGGAACUGGCUCUGGCAUGGGAACACUUCUCAUCUCCAAGAUAAGGGAAGAGUAUCCAGAUCGUAUGAUGCUCACGUUUUCAGUCUUCCCAUCUCCUAAAGUCUCUGACACUGUCGUGGAGCCAUACAACGCUACGCUCUCUGUGCACCAGCUUGUGGAGAAUGCUGACGAAUGUAUGGUUUUGGACAAUGAAGCUCUCUACGAUAUCUGCUUCCGCACCCUGAAGCUGGCCACUCCAACUUGUAAGUGGUUUCCUUUUUUCUUCUUUCUUUCAUCAUAUCAUCUUUAG